UUCAGAAAACUUGGAAGGUAAAAAAUAGUAACUAAUGUCCCAUUAAUUAACAUGCAUCCAAUAAAAUUAACCAAAAAAAAAAAACCUUAUUAAUGUUGGUUAAUAAAGUACAACUGCUCAUAGUAAGUUCAUAGUAAGUGUAGAUCCAUUAAAAUAUUAACUUCAGAUUUUAAUGUAGUAGUAAAUGGAACUGAGUGUUUUGGAUUGGAAUUUCUUAUCUGAACCCAAAAUUAAAUGUACUGAAACUUCACACAUUUGAGUCUUGACCCUCUGUCUCUUUAAAUGUUUUUAGAGAAUUUGGCAUUAAGAGGAACGGCUGUACAGUCGAGCACAUAUUCCACCUGGGGAGCUGCAAAUGCCAUCGAUGGCAUCAAAUACACUCCAAGUUGCUCCCACACAGAAUACGAUCUCAACCCGUGGUGGAGGCUGGACCUGCUGGAUUCUUACAAAAUUUACAACGUGACCGUCACCAACAGAGAUGAUAACUGGCUGGAUGAAACAGCUGGAGUAGAGAUCCGCAUCGGAAACUCUCUGGAGAACAACGGCAACAACAAUCCCAGAUGUGGUGUCACUUCACUUGCCCCAGCACGCAGUUCUGUCAGUUUCUCUUGCGGUGGAAUGGAAGGUCGUUAUGUGAACAUGUACCUUCCUAAGAUCCACGCAUUCCUCACACUGUGUGAGGUGGAGGUUUAUGGAACAGCCUCCUGUGAAGAGUUCAUAUGACCCAGCACCUGUGAGUAGAUGAUGGCUACCCUGCAAAGACUCCAGAUACAAAAUUAUGACAUUUUCAUUGGUUUAAGAUGCACACACAGUUUGCUUGAAUGCAUAUCUGGUAUUUGUACAUAUUUUAAUUUCAAUUAGAUUUAGAUUUCAACUGCUCUUUCUGAUACAAGCGCCUAUAAAGACUAUAAAGGAUUUUGUCUCAAUAUGUGUUGUGAAAUGUGUUAUACAAAUAAAUGUGAAUUACAUACCUGACAUACCUUUCCAUUUCAUUUGUAAUCUACAGUAUACAUAUUCAUUUUAAUACUUUUACUUCAAAAUCAACAUUCCUUUUGUUUUCUUCAGUAAAGGAACUAAACAAGCAUAUGAGAGUGAACAUAC